CCGUCCCCGCAGACCGGCCGGUUCAUCCCGGAGAAGUCCAACAUCUGGCGCGACUGCGUCGACGGCUACCACGACUGGGUGAAGGAGCACAUCGCCGAGGGCGCGCCGCUGGACGAGUCCGACCACUGCGGCGACCCGCCGAUGCUCCUCGCCGCGGGGAACGGGCACACCGCGGUGUGCGAGCUCCUCAUCAACGAGGGCGCGGACCUUCAGCAGGCCGGCCUCAUGAAGGACACUCCCCUCGCGCGCGCGGCGAACAACGGCCACUACCAGUGCUGCAAGUUUCUCAUCGAGCAGGGCGCGGAGGUGGACGCGCUCGACAUCGGCGACAACACCGCGUUGCAUUGGGCGGCGAUGCGCGGCAACGUCGAGAUCGUCAACCUGCUCUUGCAAAACGGCGCGGACAAGACGAUCAAGAAUAAGCAAGGGAAGAUCCCCAUCGAC